UCAAAAGAUCCGAAAUCCGAAUUCAAUCAGGUCAAAAAUGUCGGGUCGGGGCAAGGGCGGCAAGGGUUUGGGCAAAGGCGGAGCCAAGCGUCACAGGAAGGUCCUCCGCGACAACAUCCAGGGCAUUACCAAGCCGGCCAUCCGCCGUCUCGCUCGCCGUGGCGGUGUCAAGCGUAUUUCCGGCCUCAUCUACGAGGAGACACGUGGCGUCCUCAAGAUCUUCCUGGAGAACGUCAUCCGCGACGCCGUGACGUAUACAGAGCACGCCAGGAGGAAGACGGUGACGGCCAUGGAUGUGGUGUACGCGCUCAAGAGGCAGGGCAGGACUCUCUACGGGUUCGGCGGCUAGGGUUAGGAAUUGGGAUUUGGGAAUUGUAAAGGGGUGGGUCUGAGAUUUGGUUCGAUUAGGAUCUUUUAUGAAGUAAUCGGACGUUGUUUGUUCUUGUUAGGUCGUUUUUAAUGAAGAAUCGAUGCUGUUGCUUGUUGAA